CUCAAGAGCGCAUGUGUGUUUACAUCGACGCACAAUGAGCGUUUCCUCUCGUCCACAUGUUGGCACCGUGGCCGCUAAGCCUGGAGGAAGGCCGCUCCCCCGUGAGAAGACAAAAGGAACAGGUGACGUAACCUGUGCAUUUCUGCAUGCACGUCUCGAGUGACCCCUCAUGUGGAAGAAGAGGGGCGUGGUCAGCGCGGUGUUGCGCAACAGGCCGAGUGAUCCUCCAGCUCGUCGGCUACCUGGAUUUCUUCGUCUCCUGGAUCCGGUUGUGCUUCUGAGGGGACCUCCCUGCUUGUUCACUGAUGGACCCGGCUUGGCUGAAUGCUUCGUUUCAGUCGGUCGCACACAUGCAUUCAGACUCUUGGCUUUUUUUUUUGCUUCUGCAAGCUAUAACUGAGAGCAGAGCCUCAGGCGGCGGCUUAAGCCUCGAGUUGUUUUGUAGGCGAAGCUCAUUUUCUCAAUUCUCCAACGCACAUACAGAGAGUGGCGUUCACCCCCCACGGGGACUCGGGGACUUUUCACUCAUUAUCCUUGGAAUCCUCAAGAGGAAAGAGGCCUUUAGAGUUGACCCAGUGGCCAGAGGCAAAGUCAUUCAACCCCACUCUGGAGUAGCAUGUGGGUUUAUUUUCUGCAGUUUUCUCUUCUUCUUUUUCAGUUUUUAUUGAUCUGGUAAUUUCCCCCUACUACUGGUUUGGAAACACAUUUUCUUGCAAUUUCACUUUAAAUUUUCAUGCCUGAAAUCCCCUAAAACCGCAGUUGUUUUUAAAGGUGCAACGCAUCUCUUUUGCCCUUGUGUGCACCCUCCGCCUGCCGACUUGCAUCAGUCGGCCAAUGACAGACACCGCUGCACAUGUUGGCUGCACAGAGCGAGAGAUGCCGGCGACCUUUCCUCUGCUGACUGCAGCACUUCACAAGGCCGAGUGUUUUGAAAGUGCGUGUGUGUGUUCCAUAUCGUGGGGUAAUCUUGAUGAAGGCGUGGACAUUGGGCAUUCCAGUGGCGAGUCCAUGGAGAUGACCAGUAAAGUGGCUGGUGCAGCAUCGGGUGUCCGGCCAGGUCAUGGCUCUGAAGAUGAACAUCCUGGCCAGCAACAGAGCCAACAUGCUCAGGGAGGUCCAGCUCAUGAACCGGCUAUCGCACCCCAACAUACUCAGGUUUAUAGGAGUGUGUGUCCACGAGGGGCAACUCCACGCCCUCACAGAGUACAUAAACGGCGGUAACCUGGAGCAGCUGUUGGGCAGCGACGUGUAUCUGUCGUGGAGCACGCGCAUCAUCCUGGCCCUGGACAUCGCCCGGGGACUGCAGUACCUGCACAGCAAGGGCUUCUUCCACAGGGACCUCACCUCCAAGAACUGCCUGGUGCGCUGGGAGGGCCGCGUGUGCUCGGCCGUGGUGGGAGACUUGGGCCUGGCGGAGAAAAUCCCGGAUUAUAGCGAGGAAGAGGACCAGGAGCCUCUCGCUGUGGUUGGCUCCCCCUACUGGAUGGCCCCGGAAGUGCUCCGAGGAGAGGUGUACAAUGAGAAGGUGGAUGUGUUUGCGUACGGGAUCAUCCUGUGUGAGGUGAUUGCGAGGAUACAAGCCGACCCCGACAUCCUGCCCCGCACCGUGGACUUUGGUUUGGACGUGGUGACCUUUCAGGAAAUGGUGGGAGACUGUCCUCCUGACUUCCUGGAACUGGCCUUCACCUGCUGCAAUAUGAAUUCGCAGCUCCGUCCGUCCUUCUCCCAAAUCGUGGUGGAGCUGGAGAGGAGGCAAGCCGAGAGGAAACAGAAGGCCGAACCAACCGUCAAAGCCGUUUCUCCAGCGAUUGGCCCUCUGCGGAGGCGCUCCCUCUGCCUCCCGUCAGAUCCUCGCCUCUCCCGCAGCAAAUCUGACAUGCUCCACCCCCUGGACACGCCGCCCUCCGUUACCAUGGCGAUUCCAGCUCGAGUCAACCCCUUCUCUCAGCGGGAGGACCUCAAGGGGGGCAAGAUCAAGCUGUUCGACACUCCCAGCAAGUCCGUCAUCUCCCUCACCUUCGCCCUGCCCCCGCCGCCGGACUGCGACGACCCCUCUGGGACCGGCAGCUGUGAGCUACCGAGGAGGCACCGGCGCUGCCACUCGCUGCCGUGCACGCCUCCUCCGCACCUCAUGUCGGCGCCGACCACCGUCCUGACCGAGGAGUCCACGUCUGAGCUGGACACCGUAAACGAUGAGACGAGCGGAAUGAGCGAAGAGGAGAGACUGUUGAGAGAAGAGAAGGAGACCAGAGAGGGGAGCGGCACUGAUUCUGGUCUUCCUCGGUCCCUUGAGCCCCUGUCGCUGGACUUGCUGGACCAGGAGGGGGACGGUGGGGAGGAAGAGCCCAUGGAUUGCAGCAGCUCCCCGAACACACAAGACAGCGCCUCGUCUCCUUACUCCAAACUCUCCCCUGCUCCGGUCCACUCCUCGACCCCCCUCCAGUCCUCCACCCCUCCCUUCUCAAACGGCUGGGGCUCUGCCAUCUCCAACGGGCCCCCGUGCCUGCCUCCCCUCUCUCACUCGGGUAACAACAACGUGGUCGUGAGUCGACCGUCGGGAUGGCGCGCCGCUGCCGACGGCACAACAAACAACAACGGUUACCACUCCCCUCCCGGCGACCCUGCCGGUUCGUCCCCGUUCGGCUCCGGGAGCAGACACUCCCUGGACCAGGAGGAGGUGGUCUCCUGUCCCGGCUGCUGCCUCGCCGGCCUUCGCUUCCCCUCAAUGUGUCUCAGAGCGCCACCGCGCAGAAACCUUUACAAGAACUUGAACGGGGACCACGCAGACUCACGUGGGCUGCUUUGUCCGGCCCCCAAGGGCCUGCCGCCCUCUCCCAACCCCACCGCCACCACCACCAGCCUGGAGCCGGGGCUCGCCUUACCGGGGGCGCAGACAUAAAACCCCUAAACACCAAAAUGCACACAGAAAAGACGGCGUGGAUACUCUGCACCAAAAGCUCUUCCCUGGACAUUAAGUGGGUCUUCUUGGCAUUUGCACAGAUUUUUAACGCAGCAAUAACCUGCUUCUUUUCCAGACACACACUUUUUGGUGCAGAGCCGUUUUUCACUGACACACACACACACACACACACACACACACUCCAGGCUGACUUUGGGACAAAGAACUGGCGUCUUUGCUGGCGAGCUGUUGCACGUCGCCCUCUGCUGGGCUGAGGGCGACGUGCAUGACCUGACUGAUGAGCGACGACACGUCCAGAACUUGUUCGGCAUGUAAACGCUCCACUCUGGGGGGGCCGGCGGGGGGCGGCCGGUUGGACCCUGUAUAUCCGCAGAUGUUACGGCUCUCGUGGCUGAUAUGUGGACGCUGAUGCUGAAAAUGAGGAAUGUUAAGCUUAGUAUUAUUACUGCUGCGAUGAUAUUUUGAUGUUUGGUACCGUUUUCUGAAUGAACAGGCGGUUUUGCUUUAAUGUAUUUAAUUAUUCAAGAGGGUGUACGGCGCACUGUGUGACUUUGUGUGUGACCUGGACUUAUGCGAGUGAGGUGGAUUCAGCGUGAGAGGCUGGAUGUGCGUAUGCAUGUGUGAGAACGAGGAAAGGCGAGAGUGUGCGCCGUACACCGUUCUUAUGACCAUUUUGUUGCUGUAUGAUCUCUGUUGGCCCCUCGGGGUCGCCUGGUUAAGCACUUAAACUGUAUUACUGUUGUUAAUAAGGAAACUAUGUUUAUUAUAAUUACUUUUGGGAAUGAAUGGUCAAAGACCUGCUUAAGAGUUGUACAGAUUCUUAUUAUUUAAAGAUGGCA